AGUUCAGAACUGGUUGUACAGCUGUGCACACAAAAAAUAAAAAUUUCUCGGAAAAAAUUGGAAACGAACAAAAUUAAAAUUUUCUCAUUUUCGGUUUGCAGUUUUCGGCUUUUCCCAACAUUUUGCACGGUUUUUCGGUAUCUAAUUGAAAGUGUUGCAUUUAAACCUCUAAACCAAGCGCUGAACGUAAUGCAAAGAAAGUGCGGCUUAAAUUAGGUAGCUUAAAUUAUCCGAUUAUUUUCGUUGGACUAAGCGCAGAACAGCAGGAAGAUGGGCAAGAAAGGCGGACGGAAGAGCAAAAAGGGCAAGAAGAAGGCAACGAUUGUUGCCCCCGUGAUGGCACAACAAGAGUGCCCUCCAUGCCCGGAGCCACCGAAGCUGAUCCAGCCGCUCGAUCCGUGCCCGGAGACAACGGGACCUCACGAUGUGGUGCGAGCUCAGCCGAAUCAUUACCCGGCACUGUUGCGCAUACCGGAAACGAUGGCGGUGGUUGGGUCCGAGAAUGGAUGCUACGAUAGCAUCUGUAAGCUGCUGCGUGCCGGAUUUCGCUGUGCGGAGCGCGUCUUUGUGAUGGCACCGUGGGGCAACUAUGUGGUCUUUCGCUUUCACAAUAACAAUGACUUCAUCUAUUUCCUAUACGAUGGCUGCACCUGCGAUGUGAAUCGCUUCCGUUAUCUGGACCUCAGCUGCGGCACCGCCGGUUUCCUCUUCUUCAGCAACAUGCACGACGUCAUCAGCUACAUCAUUCAGUCGCGCAAGACGCGACUCUAUCUCGAGAAUCUCAACAAGAUUGCCAUCGAUCAGAUCGUCGAGGAGUACGGCGCUGUCACCUACACCCAGAAGGCCAAGUGCAUGCGAUUCGCCUAGUUGCCGCUGCUGUUGCACAUUUAAAUCAAUUCAAUUCUAUUGAGAAGAAGUCGGAGGAUGCAAGCAAAACCGGUUUGAGCCAAAACUUCUCGCUUCUUUACCAAACUGAACUUUCCAAAUGCGCUUUUGAUAUGCUAAAUUAAUAAACAGUUUAACCUCAUGGAACCCAA